UAUGUGACAAAAUAAUCCUACAACAUUGUACAAAAAACACUUAUUAUUAAAAAAUGGCAAAUGCGACUGAAGCAAACUGCCCCAAACCUGAAGACGGAGAAAUGAGUGCAAACGAUAUUGAAUCUAUUGAAGGAUUGUCAAGCGAUACUCAUGAUGAUGGGGCAGAAAUUUUUGAUAGCCGCCAGGAUGACAAUGCCAAAGAAAAUGGCGACGGGCAGCCUGAAAAUGGUGAUACUGGUGUUAACACUAGAAUAAAGUUCUUUAAUUCCAUAUCCGUGCAACCUAAAAAAGAAUUCGAGCCUCCUCAGGACCAAUCCGGACAAUCUCAAGAUCAAACCGAGCCGCCUCAGGAACAAUCCGGACAAUCUCAAGAUCAAUCCGAGCCGCCUCAGAAACAAUCCGGGCAAUCUCAGGAUCAAUUCGAGCUGCCUCAGGAACAAUCCGGGCCAUCUCCAGAUCAAUCACAGCCGCCUCAGGAACAAACCGGGAAAUCUCAAGAUCAAUCCGAGCCGCCUCUGGAACAAUCCGGGAAAUCUCAAGAUCAAUCAGAGCCGCCUCAGGAACAAACCGGGCAAUCUCAAGAUCAAUCAGAGCCGCCUCUGGAACAAUACGGGCAAUCUCCGGAAAAUUUACCGUUAAUCAACAUAUCACAAAACAACGAGGAACAAGAAACCGUAGAAAUAGAGACACAUAAUGAUGUACGAUAUACAAAACUGUGCAAUUCUAUGAGGACAAUGAGGAUAAUAAAUAUCAUUUUGAUCGUGAUAAUAUUUAUUUUAACUGCAGCUAUGAUCGCCGUAAUUGUGCAUUUUACAUCAAAGGAACAGAGUUGUAUUAAUGAUAAAGGCUGCCAACAUAUACCUAGCCCACAAAUGCUCAAAUGCAAUGGUAUUAAGAACAUCGAUAGAGUUUUAAAAAUUGAAAUAUGGGAAGAAAAGUUAAAAAUGGUAGUGCAACUUCCGACCAAUUUUCUUUUACAUAAAAUUAAAUACGAUGAGAGGGAAAUUGUGAUGUGUAGAAAGAAAAAAAAAUAUUACUACAUUUCUUGUAACAAACCUUAUAACGAUAACUGCACGAUCAUUUAUGAAAGUGCAAAAAACACGUCUAUUACUACUAUUCAGGAAGCAGGUGAUCGUAUGCUGACGUAUGAAAUACCUACCAAGUGCAUUGAUAAAAGAGCUGGACUUGAAUGGAUUCUACCGCAAAAGUGCAGGUCACCAAAACCCAAAAUUUGAAUUUGCAAUAGUUUGAAUUUAACCUAAAAUAUUAAAAUAUCUUGAAACAGUGUGGGUUUCAUAUCGUUUUGACAAAUCAAGAAUAUUUAAUUGCACUUUAUUGUGCUUGUGUACGGUGAAGCAAUAGGAGAAAAAUGAAUGUACUUAUUUUGUGUCAUUCAGGGAUACCUCAUAUAUAUUUUCUUUUCUUUUUUAUGAUAAUAAUAAUAACAAUAAUAAUAAUAAUAAUAAAUUGUUUAACUUUUUAUACAAAUGAUAUUUGGGUAUUGUUUCCUUCUCUGUAUUUUGAAUUUCAUGACAUUUGAUUUUGAAAAAAAGAAGAGGGUUACCGACAGAAUUAUUUAAAUCCAAAAAUAUUUUAAGUUACACUAUCUUGUACUUAAUUGUUUUGAAAUGACUUUCUUUAUGUAUUGUUUUUUUUAGCUCACCUGGCCCAAUGGGCCAAGUGAGCUUUUCUCAUCACUUGGCGUCCGUCGUCCGUCGUCGUCGUCCGUCGUCCUCGUCCGUCGUCCUCGUCCGUUAACUUUUACAAACAUCUUCACCCCUGAAACUAAAUUUAACCAAACGUGGCCACAAUCAUCAUUAGGGUAUCUUGUUUCAAAAAUGUGUCCGAUGAUCCCGCCUGCCAAUCACUAUGGCCGACAUGGCUAAAAAUAGAACACAGGGUCAAAAUGCAGUUUUUGGCUUAUAUCUUUGAAACAAAAGCAUUUAGAGAAAAUCUGACAUGGAGUAAAAAUGUUUAUCAGAUUGAGAUUUAUCUGCCCUGAAAUUUUUAGACGAAUCAGACAACCCGUUGUUGGGUUGCUGCCCCCGAAUUUGUAUUUUUAAGAAAAGUUUGCAGUUUUUGGUUAUUAUCCUAAAUAUUAUUAUAGAUAGAGAUAAACUGCAAAGAGCAAUAAUGUUCAGCAAAGUACGAUCUACAAAUAAGUCAGUAUUGACCAAAAUUGUUAAUUGACCCCUUAAUGAAUUAUUGCCCUUUAUAGUAAAUUUUUCGUAAAUGUUUGUAAAAGAUCCACUUAGUCUAUUGGGCCAAAUAGAAUUUAACUUAGCCAAAAUUUUCAAUAGGGUAUCUUGAUUGAACAAUGCAUCCAAUGACCCUGUCAUCCAACCAACAUGGCCGCCAAGGCAAAAAAUAGAACAUAGGGGUUUUCUAUAGAAGUCUAAGGGAAAAUGGUAAAAAUAACAAUUUUCAAAUGGUCACAACUUGAAAGCUAAUUUAAAUAAUGAUAAGGGGUCUUCGGUAACUAUUAAGACUACAAUGGGAUGAUCUGCUUUAAAUUUAACUACCGGACCAAAUUAAACCAAACUUAGCCUCAAUCAUUAUUAGGGUGUCUAAUACUAUUAAUUAUGAUUUUAACCUUAUUUUACAUGAUUUCCAAAACAACAGUUGACACAGGUGAGCGACACAGACUCUUGAGAACCUCUAGUUAAUGUUUGUAUUCGCACUUUUGUAUUUUAUUGUCAUUCUUUUUAUCUUCAAUGUUGAUUGAUAUCGGUGCCAAAUGAAUACUUGCUGGUGCAUCAGAACAAUCCAACUCCUUUCAAAAACAAACCCUCUAUCAAAGAAAUCAUGAUAGGAAACACAAACCCUGGAAUAUCGUAUCACCUGCUUAACAUUUGUGUGUUCAAAUCAUUUCGAUAAAAGGAGAUGUGGGGUAAACGUCAAUGAAACGGCAACUAGACUUUAGGGGUUCAUGCGAUUUCCUAACUUCUUGAUUGUCAUCUAACUGUUCAAUAUUGCAAUAAAUCUAUCCAGACCAGGAGUCAGUUAUUUUCAGAGUUGGAAAGAUUUGAUUUAUCAGAUUAAAAAAAUAACGAAUGUUUUAUUUAAUGUAUAUUUACAUUAUACGAAAGGCAACUUGUAAAACUGCUACUGCAUGUAAAACUUCAACAUGAUAAAAAUCUAAAGGAUUUUUCUAUCAGGAAUAUUUUUUUCUAAACUUCGUAUAAAUGACCUUGGUCUUGAAAUAAAAAUUUUCGUUACAAGAAAAUUCAUCGAGAACAAAGACUGUGUAAUACCUGCAAGUCAUCAAAGAUGAAUUUCAUUUUAUUUUGAAUUGCAAGGUAAUUGCAAGGUCAACGAAAAUUUCAGACAAAAUCUAUAUAAUGAUAUACAAUUAGAUGAUGAACAUUUCAUUCAUUUCCCUGAUGAACAAACAUAAUUUUAUUUAUUAAACCCAGAUUCCUUUUAGACAUGUUUGAAUUAUUGGCUUAUUUUAAAAAGGUCAUUAGAACUGAACUGAAAUUUAUCACUUACGUUUGUUUUUGCAUACUGUUUUGUUUGUAUUUUGUUGUUUAUUGUUUGUUUAAAUUUGUAUUGCCACAAACAUACUGUAAAUGUUUAAUAUUGAUUUGAUAUGCUUUGAUAAAAAUGAAUAUAAUGGAGCCAAUUAAAGGUUUAACUCUUUCAACAGAAAUCUGUCCUUUGAAUCCACAUAAAAUUAUAAUCUUAAAUAUAAAAUAUAUAUAUUUUCUCUAUUUAUAGCGGUUUUGAAGAUAAAAGACAAAAAAUGCAUUUUACCCAGCUAUGUUCUCUUUUUCGCCAUGUCGGCCAUGUUUGUCAGCAGGCGGGGGUCAUCGGACACAUAUUUAAACAUUAUAUUCCAUCGAUAAGUAUGGCCAAAUUUGUUCAACUUGGCCCUGUAUUUUCAGAGAUGAUUUUUGUAAAAGUUAACGAACGACAGACGACGACGAACGCAAAGUGAAAGCAAAAGCUCACAAUGUCCCAGAAAGUCAGGUGAGCUUAUAACAAUAAUGAUAAUAAUAAUAAUUAUUAUUAUUUUAAUCUUUAUUAUGUUAUUAGCCGUGUCAUUAGGGAUGAUUUUCAUUUUCUUUAUUUUUUCCUUUUUUUUUCAUUUGAUUUAGAAAAAGGACAAUGGUUAGUUAACGAAAGAAUUAUUUAAAACCCAAAAUAUUCUACUGUAUAUACUCAUACUAUCUCAUACAUCGUAUUGUUUUCUUAGACGAAUUAGAUGUUGUAAUUGCAGUUUUCUGUGAUACCUUGUAUUUCAUUAGCAUUCUUUUUAUAUUUCAUGUUUACUUUUACUGAUCGUAAAUGCAUACUAGUUGGUCUUCAUUCAUUUACAAAGCGUGUAUGAAACAAGUGAAUUUCUUUCAAUAACAAAAUAUUGUUUCCCUGAUUUUCAUCUAGAAUGUGCAGGCAUGUCCACAUUGGUUAAUUCGUAUAUCUCUUUGUUAUUGUCCAUUCAGAUAUGUAAUGUUGGUAUUUUCUUGAGGAUACCUAACAUUCCUUCCAAUGUUAAAAUUAGGAAAUAUUAUGCUUGGUUCUUAGCAUGUGUGUGUGUUCGAAUUAUUUUGAAAAAAGGAGGUGUGGGGUAUACGUCAAUGAGACGGUACCUCGACUUUAACAAAAUGUCCAGAAAUUUGUAGAAGUUCAACAGUAACAUACCGCCAUUAACAAUAGACAACUGUCUUGUUUUGUUUUAUACACGAUUGAAGAUUUAUCAUAAACGCACAAUCUAAUAAUAAUAACAAUAAUAAUAGCAAAUAUAUGCUCUUAUAAUACAAUUUUAGUAUUUUUUUAUGAACAUUUUAUUUUGAAAACAAACAAUUGUUAACAAUAUUGUAACACUAUAAAAUACAAUUUCAAAGAUAUA